AGUCACGAGUCCAGCUGGACCGCCAUGCUCGCUUAUGCUUAGAAACGGCUCUGCUUGAAACAAACCUGCAGGGCUUCUUUAGCUUUUUUUUUUUUUGGCUUUAAUAAACUGCGGUAAACAAGCGGUAACUCCAAUUUCCUCAGCUUUACCGAUUUUCGUCAAAAGACUGAUCCAAAAAGAUGAACAUCCUUCCGAGAAAACACGAUUCUUAUUUACAACACUAGACGGUGAACAUCCACAAAGAAAUUCAACCCAGAAAAACGAAGAAACUCCGCAGAAAAGAAGAAAUGCCACUUGAUGACGCAAGAGUGAUGUCCGUUUCGUGAAUGAGUUGAUUCUUUCGAUUUGAACCUGUUCGCGAAUCAGAUUGAUCAACUGUUGCUGUUCUUGAGUCAACAACUCACUGAUUCAAUGUUCAGUUCAAAAUGAGCCAAGAACUGGGAAAUCGUCAGCGCUUGAAUCUGCGUGUAAUUGAUGGAGCGAAAAUUUGUCCAGCAGAGGUCUCUUGUUCGGGCAGCGGCAAGCAGUCAAGCGGUGUCUUCACGAGAGUCAAAGCGUUGUCUUAACGUUCAGAAGAUCAACAUGCAUCAGAGAAUACCUGCGAUAGGCAAUCACAAUCAGAUCUUCAACCCAAAUGAGAUUUAUCCUAAUCCAAAUAACACAAUUCAGCAAAAUACUGGAAGUGACGAAAUUUGUCGUCAAAAGUUGUCAUCCUCUCAGCUCAUUCACUUUCUGAAAACAAGUCGAAACUCAAAACAAGUGUCUGAACUGGCUUCAUCAGCUAACGAAGUCAAAUAUAGGACAAACAUAACUCCAGCAUCAUUGAGGCUGAUGCAGCAACAAAACAUUAACGCAUUAGCAUCUGUGGAUCAGAGAGUCAUGGCUGUCACCAGUGCCAAGAAGGAUGUGGAGAAUGAGGUCUUUUCUGAGGGGAAAGUUUCUGAACCCAUAUUUGCAGAGAAAAGCAUCAGCGUUGAUUGUGUAACCUACCACUGGAUGAUUACCACAAACAGUGAAUUGUGGGACACUGGGAAUAUUUUCUCAGAGACAAAUCACUCAAAGGCAGAGCCAUUCCCAAAUGAAAUGGUUGAUUUUCUUUUUCAAGAUGACCUCUUCUGCCAAAGCGUCUGUCCCUCAAAAGAAGAGUCGUGUCCUCUGGAAGGCUGUAAAGGCUCCAGCACACUGACUGAUGAACCUGAAGAUGAUGACUGUGUACAUGUCCAAAUCCCAGAGUUUCAGAGUCGCAAAUUUGAGGAGAUACCAGUUGUUAUCACCCACGUUGUUCACCCAAACAAGUUCUUCAUCCAACACAAGGAAACAAAACUUUGUGAACUGUCUGAAAUCAUGCUAAGUAGGAAUAGCAGUAGAUCUUUUGCAGAGAUGAAAAGCAUCCCAGAUAUUGGAGCUUAUGUCAUGGCGUGGUUUCCCAAGCAGGAGAUAUGGUGCCGUGGCCAGGUGAUCAAAAUAUGUCAGUUGAGUAGAGACAUUAAGGUGGAAGUCAGGAGGAUUGACUAUGGAGAUGACAUUUGCGUGUCUCUUCGGGAUAUUAAGGAAAUGAGUGGAGAAAUUGCAUCUAGACCUGUGCAAGCGCUGCAGGUCUCAUUGGCAAAUGUGAGGCCAGUAAAUGGAGAAACCUGGUCUUUUGAAGCAAUCAGCUGGUUCAAAAGUAAAGUGCAGAACAAGACUCUUUAUGCCAGGAUUUACCCAGAAGAAGAAGUUGAACUCUUCAUGGAAAAGGGAAAGAUGGGUGCCAUGAGGAGAGGUGAUUCCCUUUCUGUGAGACUUGCUCAAAACAGAUUUGCCAUACACAGAUGUAACAAGCACAAGGGGUUGAAGAGAAGUGAUAUCCAAAAACAGACACGACAACAGUCCUCAGAGUGGGAGAAGUAUCUGAUUUCCUGUUACCGUCAAAACAGGAAAUGAUGUUAUGUGUUCAGUCAUCACCAAACCUAUGCCUUUUUGUUGUUGAUCCUUUCUCUGCGACCUUAUACAUACUUCACAAUAUGUACCUAUAACUAUGCAAAUUUAGUAGCCCCAUAUAUUUUUAUUUUCACUUGUGUUUUUCGUUUUCAGUUUGUGUACAAUGUACAUUGUUACAAGAUAGAUUGUAUUACAGAAAAUAUUUGGUGAUGUUCAUUGCUGUAGAAUUCGUUCUUUUUGGUUUAGAUGUUUAAUGCAUAAUUAAAAAAAAAAAAAAAAAAAAAAAGUUCUAUGAUAGAAGAAUGUCUAAUUAUUUCUAAGAAUUUUAAAGUUGACUGUGUGGCCUGUUGUUGUUUUUUGUUUUUUUGUUUUUUUUCUGAAAAAUCUCACUGAAACUUUAUUUGUUGAAAUGAAUACACAGAUAUAAAUUGUCCCAGCAUCAGUGCAGUCAACAUGGGACACUUACAAAAGUCUUUUGGUACACCACCUUGGACGUUAACCUGAUUUUUCUCAACAAACUAGCAUGUUCUCAUACCUCAAAGAACUUUAAUUUGAAGAAAACAAAUCAGUAAUUACAACAUGCAACAUGCUGUUUUCAUGAACAGACGAGUAAUAAUAAAAAAAGUUCCUUAAUUAUCUUUUUGCUCUUCAGGUUUUCUGUGCAGAGAGUGGAUGCUAAUGUGAAUGUGCACACACAUGAUGACAGUUUAAAGGGAAAUAUUCACACUGAUUCAUGGACAGACCUUUCUCUCCCUCAUAUCUAGCAAAUGCUCUACAUGUGUAGUGGAGUAAUGAUGCAUAAGAUUGUAUUGCUUGAAAACAGUAGUUAAAUUGGAAGCAGCAUUUCUGAUUAGAGAUUUGAAACAUCACAAAGUGAUUUGACAGCCAGAUUUAAGGACAAAACGCCUGAAGAGCCAUUUAAAAAAUAAAAAAAAAAUAACAUAAGGGCCAACGAUUGAAACACCUGGUUUAAAUUUAUAUCAGCCUUUUUAAACUGAAGCACAUUUAAGAGGUGCCUGUUGAACAUACUGUUUUUGCAUUGUCUUUUGGUUUUUAAAAAUAUGAUUGAUUGUGUUCUAAAGUUUAAUUUGGAUAAGCAACCAAUAAAAAGCUGGUUUUCUU